AUGUUGAUGCAAGACAACGCGACCGAGCUGGGCUUUUGCGCGUGGUUUUCAAAGCUCCCUGCAAAACGCGACGAUACCGUCAGGCUGUUUGAACGCGGCGAUUAUUACACAGCACAUGGUGCAGAUGCUCACUUCAUUGCCCAAGAAGUGUAUAGGACAAACUCUGUGAUCAAAUCAUUGGGUAAAAAGGCUGCACCUCUACCGUCGGUGACCCUCUCCAGUACAUUGGCAAAAGAGUUUCUGCGCGAUGCGUUGACCAUCAAGCAACUCAAGAUUGAAAUCUGGGUACCCGAAGGUGGGAAGAAGUCUGCGGCAAAGUUUGAGCUUUCUCGUCAGGCAUCUCCUGGGAACCUGCAAGAAGUCGAGGAUCUCAUCUUUGCUAACACGGACAUGACGACUGCUCCAAUUGUGCUGUCUAUUCGAAUUGCCAAAGUGGACAAUAUCCGAACGAUUGGGACUGCAUUUGCUGAUGCAACCAUUCGCAAGAUUGGCGUCUCUCAGUUCGCAGAAAACGAUCUCUUCGGAAACCUCGAAAGUCUGAUUGUCCAGCUGGGGGUCAAGGAGUGUAUCAUGCAGACAGAGGGGAAGACUGCCGACUAUGAUCUCUCCAAGCUCCGCCAGGUCCUCGAACGAUGCAACACUGUGGUAACCGAGAGAAAGCCAGUCGAGUUUUCCACCAAGGACGUCGAACAAGACUUGACGCGAUUGCUAAGCGGCAAUCAGCAAGUAACCGCACUUCCCGUUUUUGACCUUCGAGUCGCCAUGUCAGCAACGGCCGGCCUCAUACGCUACCUCGACCUGAUGCGAGACUCCUCCAACUUUGGACACUACACCCUUAGCCAGUAUGAUCUUGGCCAAUACAUGCGCCUUGAUGCUUCAGCUAUCCAGGCUCUCACGCUUCUUCCUGGUCCUGGAGACAGCGCCACGAAGAAUACUAGCGUACUCGGCUUGUUGAACAAGUGCAAGACUGCGCAAGGUGGCCGUCUUCUUGGGCAAUGGCUUAAACUGCCCCUUGUCAAUCUACACGAGAUAAAUCGACGACUCAAUCUUGUCGAAAUCUUCGUCAAAGAUAGCAGCUCUCGACGUGCUCUGCAGGACGAUUUCCUUCGGUACAUGCCAGAUAUGCAUCGCAUCUGCAAGCGCUUUCAUAAAAAGGUCGCCAGUCUCGAAGAUGUUAUUCGCGUAUAUCAAGCCGCCAUUCGGGUUCCUGAUCUUAUAGAGAAGCUGAACGAUAUUGACACGGAAGAAUAUGCAGACUCGGUACUCAUUGCAGAACAGUAUACCACUGCGUUUCAGAAAUUUGAUGAUAACAUCACCAAAUUUAAAGAAAUGGUGGAGCAGACGAUAGAUCUGGACCAGCUGAAAAAUCAUCAGUAUAUUAUCAAACCUGACUACGAUGAGCAACUUCAAUCUCUUGCAGACCAGAUUGCAGAAGUUGUCAGCGCACUUGAUGAAGAGCACGAGCGAGUCUCUCGGGACUUGGGCCUGGACAUGGACAAGAAGCUUCAUCUGGAAAACAACCCCACACAUGGUUACUGUUUCAGAGUUUCCAAGAAUGACUCCAAGGUCGUUGAGAAGAAGAAAGACUAUACCGAGCUUUCGACGCAAAAGGCUGGCGUCUUGUUUACGACCAAGACGCUGAAACGACAUAGCGUCGAAUAUUCAGAACUUCGCGAACGCUAUAAUCGAGUUCAGAGCACUCUGGUUGCAGAGGUUGUUUCCAUUGCCUCUGGCUAUACUCCCGUCUUGGAAGCAGUGGACGAUAUCAUCGCUCAUCUGGAUGUCAUCGUCAGCUUUGCGCACGUCUCUGCAAACGCGCCCUCAAACUAUGUCAAGCCUGUCGUGACGGAGAAAGGAACCGGGAACCUGCUGCUGAAAGAAGCUCGACACCCAUGUCUUGAAGUUCAGGAGGACAUCAGCUUUAUUCCAAACGAUGUGGAGAUGAUUCGAGGAAAGAGCGAAUUCCAUAUCAUCACCGGCCCGAAUACAGGCGGCAAGAGCACGUAUGCGAGGCAGAUUGGUGUCAUUGCGCUGAUGGCUCAAGUUGGCUGUUUCGUUCCUUGCGAAAGUGCGGAGAUUCCCAUCGUCGAUUGCAUUUUAGCAAGAGUGGGAGCCGGGGAUAGUCAACUUAAGGGUGUAUCGACAUUUAUGGCCGAGAUGCUGGAGUCAGCUGCAAUUCUAAAGACGGCGACUCCAAACUCUUUAAUCAUUAUUGACGAACUCGGUCGAGGUACUUCAACCGCAGAUGGCUUUGGAAUAGCUUGGGCGAUCUCAGAAUAUAUCGCGACGACAAUCCGAGCAUUCUGCUUGUUUGCGACUCACUUUCACGAAUUGACGACAUUAUCUCAGCAAAUACCCCAUGUCAAGAACGCUCACGUUGUCGCGCAUGUAUCAGAGGGUGAAGGGUCAAAGGAAAAGGAGAUCACACUCCUUUACAAAGUCGAAGAAGGCGAUUUCGGGAUUCACGUCGCCCAGUUGUGCAACUUCCCUGAGAGCGUCGUGAAGCACGCAAAACGAAAGGCAGAAGAGUUGGAGGAUUUUGGAAAUGAAGGUGACACAAUGAUGUUCUCCAAGGCGGACAUUGAUGAAGGAACAAAAAUCGUCGAAGAAUUCUUUCGCGAUUUUGCCAAUGGGUCAGGUGGUGACAGCAUGGAAGUGGAUGACGAAGAUCCUGAAGCGCAACUUCAAGCACUGCGUGAAUGUUUCGCUAGGCACAGAGAAAAGCUCGAAGGAAACCCAUGGUGUAAGAGCAUUCUAGACGAGCUUUGA